AUGUCAUUGAAUAAUGGUCAAGAUUACCCAGACAGUACGGAUAUAUUUGUUCGAAUAAAUAGGGAUGAUGAUUAUGACCGAGAUUAUCAUUCAUUGAAACGUGCUCGUACAAGUCGCAUAGAUGAUGGAUGUCAUUUAGCAUCAGAAUUUUAUCAAGCAGUUGUACUUGGUGAACAUGGUCUUACAUUAAAUAUAAAUAAUUCAUUUUGUUUUUUUUAUCAAAAUUAUAAUUUAGUUCAAUUUCUUUCUUGUUAUUUAAAUAAUGAUAUUCGAAAACAUGAAAUUUCACUAAACGAUUAUCCAUUACUUGUUCGAAAAAAUAUUAAAAUCUCUUUGGUUUAUAACAACUGA